AUGGACGAUAUCACCUUGCACUUCAAAGUGAUCACAGCAUCAACAACUCCGGUGAUAGCGGACCUCGUCGAAGAGCUUCAGGCUGCAGGCAUUAUCGUGAACAGGGCGAAGAGCUCGGCACUCCCUCCGCCAGGACACGAGGUCACUCAAGAAGAGCAAAGGCUCCUGGGUGAAGCAGGUCUCCCAAUCGCAGAGGAAGGCAUCACCGUGGUAGGCGUCCCUAUCGGGACAGAUGACCUCGUCAAGAGCUUCGCCGCGGACGUGAUCACCAAAAGGCGGAGCAGCGGGGCCUGUGAACGGCUGGACAAUCUUGUCAUGUGCGUCCUCGAAGCGGGAAUGGGGCUCAGAAACGCCGAGGACGAAGACCAACUCUUCGACGACGACGACCAGCCAGGCCGAUUUAAGAUACGGCCCUAUCAACAAGCCCAGGCGCGUUUGUCUACGGGGGCUGGAGGAUUGGGAUUACCAGCGACAGUUGUUCGAAGGUUCUCAGCUUCUAUUGGCAACCUUGUCAGCACCUUACCCACCGUUAUCGCCACUCUGAGAGGCCCGUUGGGAGAAUCGGUGAAAACCAAGAUACCGAACACCGUCUUGGUGGAGCGGAUGGGGGAUGCGCUAAAGGAGGUCCACACGGAGUUCGGGCUGUCGGAGGACGUAUUGAAGGGGGUGGUGCCGCCAUCUUGGGUGGAAUGGGCCCUAGAACAGACGGGAGAGACCGGACGACGGAGGCCCACAGUGGCGGAGCUAGCAGCCCACGACGGAGAAUCCACUACGCCCAAGAAAGCCCAACACAAAUUGGGCAAAGCCAUGAACAAAAAGCAACUCGAGAGGUUCAUGGAGUCCCUGGACCAGCUGUCUCAAGAAGCGGUCCCGCCCACACAAGAAAGCCCAUACGGAGGAAGGGAGUCUAAGAGCAUGGCCUUGGCGAGAGUGAGGAGCUCUCAAGGAAAAGGAGCACAAGCUUGGUUGAGAGCGGCCCCUACUGACCAUGCUCGGGAGAUUCCUCCUGACGAAUUCGUCUACGCCAUCAGACGCACCCUGGGAGUCGAGGAACUCUUGGCAACAGGAUGUCCUAGAUGCCACAGAGGCAGGGAAUACAAUACCAUCACAACGGUGCAUGCACGGACCUGUCCGAGGGAUGGAGCGCAGAUCCGCAAGCACAAGUACACUUGCGAAAUGGCAGCGCGACCAGCGAUGGAACCGCCGCCCAAGCCUCCGAGGCGCGAAAGCGUCAGCACUACGCUCGGCCAGGACACGUGUCCUUUUGACGAGCGCAGCUAUAAACUUACCACCUUCGCGGUGGAAAGCUUUGGCCGCCUUGGAGAGGAGGGUUACGAAUUCAUCGACGAACUAGCGACGCACGCUGCAGGAGGGAGGCAUGGAGGAACGAUGACCCAGAAAGGAGUCUACAAGGAGAGGCUACUUCUGGUCGUUUCGGUGGCUACGCAGGUGGCCAUAUCAAGGAGGGUAUAGUUGUUACAAACAUUUGGUAGGUACAUCACACGUACUAAAAGAAAUGUCGUUUUAGUAGUAGAUUAUGUUCACAAGAUUUCGGUUCAACGACAGGAACUUCUUGUCAGAGUUUUGGAGAGACAAGGUUUUGGCAUUUUCACAAAGGAAGUAAAAGGAGAACGGAGGAAAUGUUGAAUUCAAUCAAUAAUGUUAUGAUUUCCUUCAGAUUUAAGUUCGGCAUUGGUAGGUUUUGAACCCAACCCGGGGAUGUCAUCGUUUUGUCCCCGGUCGACCUGUGUGUGUGUUUUUUUAUUGUCAGCAAUGACCGCGCUAACCGGCUGAACAAUUAAAAGACAUCAGUGCCAACGGGUUCCCUCAGAAGCGCUGGUCGCGGGGGUGCAAAGGUGUUUUGAAACUACAGUAGUUUUCGGUGAUAAUUCUUACCGUAGCGGCAAGCCUAAAAUCAGGAAAAAAAUAUCCUUGACCUUUAUUAAUCAUCAGGUGUGCUCCAAUGGGCGUGGAAUUGUGCGUACAGUCGAAACAUGCUCUGUAGAACGUCGUGUGGUUCGUACCCUAUUUGAUGGUGACGUUCGUGCGUUCCAGUACCUGUGGGGGGAGGCAUGCACGGGUUUAGACCGAAAACCCGGGGACGCGGUGGUUCUGUCCCCGGGGUGGCGUGUUUUUUUUGUUCUGAACAUGUUUCUCACUCAUGUUUAAAGAUCCCCUCCAAAGGUUGUGUCGUGGGGAUGAAUGAGUAUUCCUCAGUGGUGGAUACAUUUGGCGGUGUUCGGCGUGAAUUCUUACCGUUGGUUAGCGGCAUGCUAAAUCAGGAAAAAGUACCCAUCGUUGAUCAAGC